GCGAGGUGCUGAGAUAUCAUCAACAGUCCAAGACCACGAACACCAGACAGAGGCGAGGACGUGUUUGAGCUGUAACAUGGUUCAUAACGUGAAUAUUUAAAAGCUCAUUCUUCACAGCGGAGAGUUUCAAGUCACAAGGCUACUUCCGGGACGUGUCGUGUUUGUGAGUUGACCAUCAGACAUGUCGAUGCACUUGUAUCAGUUAAGCAGUAAACUGCUGGAGGACACUGUGGGGACAGUGAACGAGAACCUGACCUCCGUGCUGCUGGCAGUCUCUGUCAUCACCCUCUCACUGGGAUACUUCUCCAAACUGCUGCUCAGACAGUCCGCCGACGACGACCUGAAAUAUCCACCUUACAUUCCCUCCAGCGUCCCCUUCCUAGGUCAUGCCAUCGCGUUUGGAAAAAGUCCCAUUGAAUUUCUUGAACAGGCCUAUGAAAAAUAUGGCCCAGUGUUCAGUUUCACCAUGGUGGGGAAAACGUUCACUUACCUGCUGGGCAGUGAAGCAGCCACUCUCAUGUUCAACAGCAAGAAUGACGACCUGAACGCUGAGGACGUUUACUCCAGACUGACCACCCCAGUGUUCGGCAAAGGAGUAGCCUAUGAUGUGCCAAACCCGAUUUUCCUGGAACAAAAGAAGAUGUUGAAGACGGGGCUGAACAUGGCUCAUUUCAAGCAACACGUGAAAAUCAUGGAGGCUGAAACCAUUGAGUAUUUUCAGAGAUGGGGAGACAGUGGAGAGAGAAACCUGUUUGAGGCUUUGAGCGAGCUGAUCAUCCUGACCGCCAGCAGCUGCCUCCACGGGAAGGAGAUCCGCAGCCAGCUGGACGAGCGAGUGGCUCAGCUCUACGCCGACCUGGACGGUGGAUUCAGCCACGCUGCCUGGCUCCUGCCCGGCUGGCUGCCUCUGCCCAGCUUCAGGAAGAGGGACCAAGCUCACAGAGAGAUCAAGAACAUCUUCUUCAAGGUGAUUCAGAAACGCAGGACAUCCGGCGAGAAAGUGGACGACAUCUUGCAGACGCUCAUUGAUGCCACAUACAAAGACGGACGUCCCUUGAAUGACGAUGAGAUCACGGGGCUGCUGAUCGGUCUCCUGCUGGCAGGUCAGCACACGUCGUCCACCACCAGCGCCUGGAUGGGCUUCUUCAUGGCCAAAGACAGAACUCUGCAGGAGCGAUGCUACGCUGAGCAGAAGGCUGUGUGUGGAGACGACCUGCCUCCGCUGCACUUUGAUCAGCUGAAGGAUCUCAGUUUGUUGGACCGCUGUUUAAAGGAGACUCUUCGUCUGCGGCCGCCCAUCAUGACCAUGAUGAGAAUGGCUCGCUCCCCUCAGACUGCAGCAGGAUACACCAUCCCUGUGGGUCACCAGGUCUGCGUCUCCCCAACUGUCAACCAACGUCUGCACGACACCUGGCUGGAGAGGAUGGAGUUCAACCCCGACCGCUACCUCACUGACAAUCCUGCUGCAAAAGAGAAGUUUGCCUACGUACCUUUUGGAGCUGGCCGUCAUCGCUGCAUUGGAGAAAACUUCGCCUACGUCCAGAUCAAGACCAUCUGGUCCAUUUUACUGCGCAUGUAUGACUUUGAGCUGGUGGACGGAUAUUUCCCCACCAUCAACUACACCACAAUGAUCCACACACCUCACAACCCCAUCAUCAGAUACAAGAGGAGGAAACCCUGAGAGACUGAAGGAUGACAGUGAAGGUGGAGGAGGAGCAAAGAUGAGAGGAAAGUGGAAAGAAGAGUGGAUCUCCAUCUUCCUGGGUCUCGAACUUUGCUCUGACUAAAUAUCAAACCUUCACUUUUAUGGUUCGUUAAUUUAGAGCUGCAGUCCACGCCCUUUACUGAAAGUCCAACAUUACCUUAAGAUCCAUUUGUUUCCAGAGUCUUGAACGCUGAUGUUCAUAUUCACAAGGUGGACUCUUCCUAUGAGAGAAAAACCACAGAAAAGUAACUGCAGGUAGAAAAUGUGACUUUUCUGUUGCUCAGAUUAAUGUGAUAUGUGAAUUUUCCAUUAAUCAAAGGUUUUGUUCAUAGCUGUUGUGGAGCUCUUGACUGCGUCGUAUGAUCUUUGUGGUGUAAGUGUGGAUGUAUUUUCUGAGACAAAUAGAAAAAAAGUCUGAAAAGAAACUUACUGAGGACGAUCAUGUGAUACGUUUGGAAGCUCCACAACUGCAACAAAUUACACACACAAUUUGCCUUUUCUUGCGGGAAACAUGCACAAAAAAACCCACCAGCACUUAAACUGAAUCACAAUACUGUCCCUUCAUAGUUUGUCUGCUGAUGCUCUCGAGCAAGAAAACUCAUGUUUGAAGAGAAAACCCUAAGUUACAGCUUCAGCAGAGAAAAGAGAAACCUGAACUCUGUUUGCAGUUAUUUUAGUGAGUAGACCUUUACUCAGGUGUAAAGCUGGUCAAGUCACUGUAUGUCGCCCAAAUAUGAUAAAUGUAAUGAAGCUGUGAGUUGUUGCUACACAAACGUGUGUAACAAACAAGAAAAGAACGAAAAGAUUUGUUAAAAAGUAAACAAGUGUGAACAGUUAGGAGAUAAACACGGUAAUAAAUAUAUUACCUUAGCUUUUGCAACUUUGUGUUUAGCAACAAUGUUUUGGUUUGUCCUGUUUUGCUGUAUUUCUUACAAGGAAAAAUGUUCAUGAAUGUCCCGGCUUUAUGAUGCCUUUUCAAAUAAAUAAAAACUUUAAAACA